CUGAGCGGCGACGUAGCAGCCACCAAUCCAGGAGUGCGGCCACCUUCCCGAAAAAGUCCUUGAAUUCGCUGCCAUGAGCAUCAGUCAAGAGUUGUGGCCCAUCUAGGCAGCACAACGUGACCUCUAUACUCCUCUCGGAAUGCUGAGUGAGGAUUGCAGAAACUUCUUGGAGAGUUACCAGCCUGCUGCUCAAUAAACCACUCUUCCUCUGAUUGCCUAUGGUUUUCAUAGAGUGUAACACACUGAUAUCACACAUUUAAAAUGGAUUUGGAUGAGGAUAACAAAGUUAAAAUGGAACUAGAUGAAGAUACAGUUGAAACUGAUGUGGAUGGUGAUGGUAAAGUUGAAAUGUGUGAGGAUGAAAAACCAAGAAUAUUAAACAUUACAAUAAGUCAUGGACGCGCACAUCUAUGGAAUUCUGAAGACGUACUUUAUGCAAGAACUAAACAUCGGAUUGUGGGCGUCAUGGUUGGUUCGUUGCCACGGCAUCCUCACCAAACAGCUGUUUUAGGCUUGCCUCUGCAGCUCAUGCCAGAAGAGGUAACCCUCUUGAUGGAGAAAGGUUUUGGGAAACCUGUCUUAUAUGCAGAAUUUACCAGCCCUCCAACACAAGACUUGGCAGAUGAAUUUCAGGAGGAGCGUCGAAAAUGUUACGAAGACCAGAUAGAUGUUGCUUUCAGGCAGAGGAGACAGGAAAUUGAAACAAAUGCUGAAAAAAUACUUAAAGGAAAGCUGAAAAAGUUAGAAAAGCAAAAUGUGCCUAACCCAGGAUUGACAAAAGAGAAAGUAAUAGAAAUGGAGUGUGAUAAAAUACAGAGGCUACCAGAGCAUCACCAGCUUAUUCAGAUAUUCACGGAACAUCCAAUGAUUGAGCGUUUUAAACCCAUUGAUGUUCGUUGGUCUUAUCCAAUAAGUCAUUGGGAGAAAUUAAGGUACAGUGUAUACAAGGACCUUUGGGACCGCGGGUAUUAUAUUACAUCUGGUACAAAGUUUGGAGGUGACUUCUUGCUGUAUGGUGGAGAUCCGAUUCUCUUCCAUGCUACAUUUAUAGUAAAGUGCGUCAAUAAAUUCAAGGAUGUAAGUAAUUGUGAUCUAAUGACCAUGAGUCGGUUAGCCAAUGCUACAAAGAAAACUCUGGUUCUUGCUUCCUGCGAAGGAAGUAAACCUUGUUACAGAUCUCUCCAGUUGGUAGAGGACAAGUUAAUUGCUGAUCAGUUUUGGCAACACGAUGAGGCAUUACAUUCGUGAAAAAAGUGUAAUCUUUGUCAUUGUAUAUACAGUGCUCUGUUUUUAUAAAUUACUAUAUACAGAUGAGGUUGAUAUGUCCUUAUGGUUGGUGUUUGCUUUGUGGAGACUAAAUCUAGAGAUUGUUUUGAACAAAUUAUGAUUUAUGUUUUUAUUUUGAAUGUGGUGCCAAGCUCAAUUAACUCUGAAGGUAGUUAUAUAAGAAUGGAAAAUGAAAUAGGAAAUCAGUCAAUCUGUAUAAUUUAUUUCUCAAUUUGUAAACAUUGUUACAACACUUUCUACAACAUUCUCUGUUAUUAUGUAUUUCAGUUUUACUAUGCUUCAUUUAUAGAAGUUGACUGCCUUAGAGUAAAGUUUUGCAUCAGUUCCCAACUCCAGACAUGUUUCUCCCGUAUUUUCCCCAUCAAAAUAGCUGUAGGUGCUUCCAUUGUACCAGUUAUUAUUGCUUCUUUUUGUCAUUCUUCUGUCUUCUCAUUUUCAUUUAAUCUUCAGAAUGGACCUUUAGUUCAUCUGAUCAGCUAUUUGCAUACUGCGCCUCGUAAUUAAAAGUGGUAUUGUUCUUUUGUCAAAAUAAGUUUUUUCCCCCCUCUCCUUUCUUCAAAUUCCUUUCUGGCCUACAUUCAUUUCACUUUGUACGCAUGUAAUCCCUUAUCCAAUGUGUGAGCUCCAAAAAAUGUCAUUUCAUGCAUGAAAGUGUUGUUAUCCAACUCUUGUGGUGCCAAAGCUUACAGAAAAGUAUGAUUAAAGUUAAUAUGUCUGCUACUUUCUUGGUUUUUACCAACUGAAAUACAAUAUUUAUUGUUCAAAAUGAAUAGUAUUUGUUGUCUGUGAAAUAUGUAUUGUUCUCUGGAAUGAAAACAAAGAAGCUGGUUUAUUUUGUUUGUGUCACUAGGAAACUGCACUGAAGAUGAGGUUAGUUACAGAAAUAGACUGGAAGAACUCAGGUAUUACACAAAACUGUAUUAUAGAGAUUUCAGGCGGCUUGGUGUGUGUGAAGGUUCUAUAAUCAAAAUAUAAAGAGAGCUUGAGAUUGUCAGCAUUUUCAGGGUGAGACUCAAAACUUUACUUCAGAAGUGCAGUGAUAUGAAGGAGCAAUUUUUACUUCAAGAUACAGUACAAUGACACAGUUUCUUCAGUUCCCAAGCUAGGGUGAUGUAAAUAAGGACAGUAUGAUUAUAUCAAAAUUAUCUUUCAAUUGUGGUAUGACAGUGCUUUUCAUUCAUACUCAGAAAGCUUGAAUGCAUAUGAAUUAGGUUUAUUAUUCAUUAUUACCCAUGAGUAUUGUCAGGUCUUUGUGAUGCAUUUGUAUGUGGACUAGAAUGGUGUUACUAGCUGUGUGAGUUGUAAAGUUUUCUAAUAAAGGUAGCAUCAUUUAAGCCAAAA